GCCUGUGACAGGAUUUGUCUUCUGACAGAUGGACCUUACCAGGAGCCCCGGCUUACCUGCUGGUACGGAGAGCUGCCUUAUACCUACUCGCGCUCUACGAUGCAGGCCAAUCCCCAUUGGCAUCCUCUGCUCACCAUGCUGAAGGACCGCAUCGAGGAGGUGACCGCAUUCAGCUUCAACUCCCUGCUCUGCAACCUCUACAGACACGACAAGGACAGCAUAGACUGGCACAGCGAUGAUGAACCCGACCUCGGCAGGAAUCCCAUCAUCGCCUCAUUAAGCUUCGGAGAGACCCGGGUGUUCCAGAUGAGGAAGAAACCCCCACCGGAGGAGCGGGGAGAUUACACGUAUGUGGAACGUAUACAUGUCCCGCUGGAUGGUGGCACCCUUCUGAUCAUGGAAGGAGCGACACAGUCAGACUGGCAGCACCGCGUGCCCAAAGAAUACCAUGACCGGCGACCGCGCAUCAACCUGACCUUCCGCACCAUGUGCCCAGAGACUAAAGCCUGA